AUGUCAACUGAGUGGUCCUUGGAUUUCUGUCUGGUCUGUGACCGACAGACUCUAGGAGCUCCCUACUGCUCCCAAACAUGUCGCUUAGCAGAACUGGACUUGGAAUCAUCAGAUGCAAUGUCACGGCGAUCAAGCCAGGCAUCAACACACUGGGAGACUGGUCCUUCGCAGCCAUCUGAAGCAAAUCCUCGCGCAAAUGCCCUACCCUCUCGAAUCCUAUCGGCCUCAUCAUCUCAAACCUCCCUCUCUUCUCUGAAGAGCAAUGCAUCUACUUCCAACGCGGCCGAUCGGCUCCAAGAUGAGUUACGGGAUUAUGCCAGUUGCUUCGACCAAGUCCGUGACCUCAAGCGCCGCUUGACUACCACUUAG